GAGUGAUUAGUGACGUCAUAGACUCGGACUGCUUCACUCUGAAUCACAUCAGACAUUAGCUCAUCCCCUUUACUCUGUUUAAAAGUACACCCGAGCCGCAGCCCUGCAUCCCAAAAAGGAAGACGAUUAUUUCACCAUGAACCCUGACCUGGAUGGUGACCUAGAAAAUCAGGUGGAGUUGGAGGAGAAAACGAGGCUCAUAAACCAGGUGCUGGAGCUGCAAAACACUCUUGAAGAUCUGUCAGCACGAGUGGAUGCUGUAAAAGAGGAGAACUUGAAGCUCAAAUCGGAGAACCAGGUUCUGGGUCAGUACAUUGAGAACCUGAUGUCGGCAUCCAGCGUUUUUCAGACCACUGACUCCAAAAGCAAACGGAAGUGAGGAAGAAUCCUGUCCUGGGAUCAGCUGGAAUUCAGUAACUCUUUGCAAUCUGGCUUCAUUAACGUUCUUCACUCUCCUUCAUGUCAUAUAGAGUUUUUUCAGACACUGUUAACAAAAGUAACGAUGAUGCUGCUUGACAUUGAGCUUUAUGUACCGCUAACACAGCUUAAGUGAAGGUUUAAUUUACGAGCCUGUUUUAUCUACCACCAUAUAAAAAGGUUUUAACCAUCAUGUAUUUAUUCUCAGUUAUAUUUGAUUAUUUUGCCUUAUGUUAGGGCAGGCUGCUAAUAUAAUAAGUUCCAUUAAUUUAUCGAUGGCGUUUAAUUGUGGUUAACAUGUUCUUGGUUAUUUUUUGUUACGUUUUUGUGUCAAUUUGUUUAUAAUAUAUAGUUGUUUUGGUGAUGAGAACACAGCUGUGAUGAAUUACAGUGUGAAACUGCUGUGUGUUUUAGAUUACCUGAUAGGUCAUUCAAGUCAAGUAAGUAGUUUGACAAGCUUUUAUCACAGCUGUGUACACACACACACAUACCUGAACAGUCUAGCAUUUUUAUGUAAUAUUUUACUAUUGUUUGUUAUUAUCAAACCUGUUUAAAUAAAUGUCAUGAAUUCUG